UGGGGUUGGGGAUGUGUCUCCGAACUACUAAGGUGGGAGGGGGCUACAAGCAGAGGAUAAUGUCAGAGGCUCAGCUCUCCUCUUCUGCUCCUCUCUGGCUCCGCCAGGGUUGGUCUCUGUAAGAAACAGCAGGAGCUGUAGCAGCGGCAAGAGGAAGAGGCUGAGGCGCGUGGAACGAGAAAAGUCCGGGUGCUCGCGGUUACCUCCCAACGUGGUCGCAGCCGGCCGUCAGCACCAUGGACAGCAGCGCCGUCCCCACAAAUGCCAGCAAUUGCACUGAUCCCUUCACGCACUCUUCAAGUUGCUCCCCAGCACCUAGCUCCGGUUCCUGGGUCAACUUCUCCCACGUAGAUGCCAACCUGUCCGACCCAUGCGGUCCGAACCGUACCGAGCUGGGCGGGAGCGACAGCCUGUGCCCUCCGACCGGCAGUCCUUCCAUGAUCACGGCCAUCACCAUCAUGGCCCUCUACUCCAUCGUGUGCGUGGUGGGUCUCUUCGGAAACUUCCUGGUCAUGUAUGUGAUUGUCAGAUACACCAAAAUGAAGACUGCCACCAACAUCUACAUUUUCAACCUUGCUCUGGCAGAUGCCUUAGCAACCAGCACGCUGCCAUUCCAGAGUGUCAAUUACCUAAUGGGAACAUGGCCGUUUGGAACCAUCCUCUGCAAGAUUGUGAUCUCUAUAGAUUACUAUAAUAUGUUCACCAGCAUAUUCACCCUCUGUACCAUGAGUGUUGAUCGCUACAUUGCAGUAUGCCACCCCGUCAAGGCCCUGGAUUUCCGUACUCCCCGCAAUGCCAAAAUUGUCAAUGUCUGCAACUGGAUCCUCUCUUCAGCCAUUGGUCUGCCUGUGAUGUUCAUGGCAACAACAAAAUACAGGCAUGGUUCAAUAGAUUGUACACUGACAUUCUCUCAUCCAACCUGGUACUGGGAAAACCUUCUGAAAAUCUGUGUUUUCAUCUUUGCCUUCAUCAUGCCUGUGCUCAUCAUUACGGUGUGCUAUGGGCUGAUGAUCUUACGCCUCAAGAGUGUCCGUAUGCUCUCUGGCUCCAAAGAAAAGGACAGAAACCUGAGAAGAAUCACCAGGAUGGUGCUGGUGGUUGUGGCUGUGUUCAUUGUCUGCUGGACUCCCAUUCACAUUUAUGUCAUCAUUAAAGCCUUGGUUACAAUCCCAGAAACUACUUUCCAGACCGUUUCUUGGCACUUCUGCAUUGCUCUAGGUUACACAAACAGCUGCCUGAACCCAGUCCUUUAUGCAUUUCUGGAUGAAAACUUCAAACGAUGCUUCAGAGAGUUCUGUAUCCCAGCUUCCUCCACCAUUGAGCAGCAAAACUCCACUCGAAUUCGUCAGAACACUAGAGACCACCCCUCCACGGCCAAUACAGUGGAUAGGACUAACCAUCAGAUCAGAGAUCCAAUAUCAAACCUUCCCAGGGUAUCUGUAUUCUGA